GCUUUUGCUUCGUGCGUUGUCAACUGCAAUCUCAAUAAUGUUACAUAGAAACUUGACAGUUUUGUCUGUAGGCUUUCGAAAGUUUUUACUAGCACAAUUUCGUGUACACACAGAGAAAAGAUGGACAUCCAGCGGUGCCAGUAUCGAAAAGGAUUUAUCUUAUUUUUCCCAUCCUGGAAGACAGCCAUUACUGGAGAUGACAGUAGGCCAAUUGUUUCAAGAGAGUGCCGAGAGAUGGCCACAGAGAGAAUGCAUAAUUUCGAUGCAUCAAAACGUCAGAUUGACUUUUUCCGACGUCUUGAGUCGAGUAGACAAAUUGGCGGCUGGAUUUAAAAAAUUAGGAUUAAAAAAAGGCGAUCGCAUCGGUAUCUGGGCACCUAACGAUUACCAGUGGUACUUGAGUUUCGUAGCUGCAACGCGGGCAGGAAUAAUUAUGGUAGGAAUAAAUCCUGCUUACCAAAAAGAUGAAAUCGAGUAUUGUAUCCAGAAAGUCGGCGUCAAAGCCAUCGUCUGUCCAGAAUCAUCGAAGAGGCAAAACUACGCGAAAGUGUUACUCGAUAUCAAACAACGAUGUCCUACUCUGGACCAUAUAAUCGUUUACUCCCAAGAUCACGUCAGAGGAACUCGAAGAUUCUCGGAUGUCGAAGCCCUUGCUAGCGAUAUCGAAGUGGAGGCCAUUGGCAAAGAACAGAGUGACAUAUCGCCCGGUGCCGGAUGUAACAUUCAAUUUACUUCAGGAACAACUGGAAAACCAAAAGCAGUUCUACUUGGGCACAAAUCCUUUGUGAAUAAUUCAAAACAGGCGGCGGAGAGAACCGAGCUACUUUCUGGACAGCAGAAGAUAUGUCUGAACGUACCGUUUUUUCAUGCAUUUGGCAUGGUACAGGCACAACUGGCCAGUCUCCACGCAGGAAGCACUAUGGUUAUAGCGUCGCCAUUUUUCAAUCCAGUAACUUCCAUAGAAACCAUAAUUAGGGAAAAGUGCACGGUAACAUUUGGAACGCCGACAAUGUGGGUCAAUCUGAUAGACGUUCAGCAUCGACUGAGUGCACCCGUGGAGACGCUUUUCUCAGGGGUUAUCGGUGGUUCACCAGCGUCGCCACAACUUUUCAAGAGGAUACAGGAACAUUUGCGUCUGAACAAUAUGAAGUCGAUAUAUGGUCUCACAGAAACCUGUGCAAUAAUUUUUCAAUCACUGCCUGGAGAAUUGAAGGAAUUCACGGAAAACACUGUGGGACAUGUUUCUGAUCACAUUGAGGCUCUGGUCGUCGACGAUAAGGGCUCGCCAGUAGCUUUCGGACAUCCCGGUGAACUUUGGGUUCGCGGUUACACCUCGAUGAUCGGCUACUGGAACGACGAGGAGAAUACAAGAAAAACCAUAACGGAAGAUGGAUGGUUGAAAACUGGCGAUCAGUUUAUAUUAGAGAAAAAUGGGUAUGGCAGGAUAGUCGGUAGAUUGAAAGACAUGCUUAUACGUGGCGGAGAGAAUAUAUUUCCAAAGGAAGUUGAACAUUUCCUCGAGUCACAUCCGGGAAUCGUUGAAGCGCACGCUUUCGGGGUUUACGACGAUGUUUAUGGAGAAGAGAUCUGUGCGUGCAUCAGGACCCGGAAUGGCGUUAAACUCACUGCAGAUGACGUGAAGGCUUACGGCAGGGGUAGAGUUGCUCAUUUCAAGAUUCCAAGGUACAUCGUCUUCGUGGAUCAACUUCCCAAGACUGCCAGUGGCAAGAUACAGAAAUUUAAAUUACGGGAGGAAGUGGAAGCUAAAGGACUCGUCCCUUCUAAGCCGAAGUGACAACAGUUGAAUAGAAAAAAGAAAUAUGACUUAUAUUAUCAUAUCUGUAAAUAACAGUUCCGUAUUCUGUGAACUCUUCAUUUUAUAUUAACUUUGAUAUCAACAUUCAGCACGUAUACUGUGAACAGUAUUAAUUGAUAUAAAUACAUAGAACGUAUAAAUUA